AUCACCGCCUUCUUUUGUUCUGUCCUCUCCUCUCUCCUCUCCUCUCCAAUGAAAUUGAAACCUAACUAGCACCAAGCAACCUUCUACAUUUCUCUACUGAUAUUCUCUUAAUCCCCUCUUCGUCCUUCUAAGGUGGAUAGGAAGAGGGUUGUUCUUUUCUUGAGCUUUGGUCGUUCUUGGUGGGCAAAGUUUUUGGCUUUUCCGCUUUAUUUUCAGGGUUUUCACUCGCCCUUGAAGGUGUUACUGCAAAUAACUUCAAAACCAGAUUUUUUGAGAACAGAUGUCGUUCCGCAGCAUAGUUCGGGAUGUUAGGGGUAGUUUCGGAAGCUUUUCGAGGCGUAGCUUUGAUGUGAGGCUGUCCAGUGAUCAUCGCAGGGGAAGAUCUUCGAACGGUUCGAUCCAUGACUUGAGUGACCAUAGUGGACCAGUAGUUGGGAACGGCUGCUGGUCAAAUCUCCCACCAGAGCUACUCUUUGAUGUGAUCCGGAGGUUGGAGGAGAGCGAGAGCACGUGGCCCGCUCGUAAGCACGUUGUAGCUUGUGCUGCAGUUUGCAGAUCUUGGAGGGGCAUGUGUAAGGAAAUUGUUAGGGGUCCUGAUUUGUGCGGAAAGCUCACUUUCCCUGUUUCACUCAAGCAGCCGGGAUCUCGCAAUGGAACUAUUCAAUGCUUCAUCAAGAGGGACAAGUCUAAUUUGACAUACCAUCUUUUCUUGUGUCUCAGUCCUGCUUUGCUUGUUGAGAACGGGAAGUUUCUUCUCUCUGCGAAAAGAACUCGACGAACGACUUGCACAGAGUAUAUCAUCUCCAUGAAUGCAGAAAACAUCUCUCAAUCCAGCAACACAUAUAUUGGGAAAUUGAGAUCGAAUUUUCUGGGGACGAAAUUUAUCAUAUAUGAUACCCAGCCGCUGAGUACCAGUAGUAGUAGUAGCGCGCGCACUCUCCCGGCUCCGGGCCGCACGAGCCGAAGAUUCUAUUCCAAGAAAGUGUCACCCAAAGUUCCGGCGACGGGGAGCUACGGCGCCGCGCACAUCGCGUACGAACUGAACGUGCUCGGAACGCGGGGCCCACGGAGAAUGCACUGUACCAUGCUCUCGAUCCCUUCCUCGGCACUCGAUGCCGCCGUACAACAACAACCCGCCGAGCUCCUUCACAGGGACGACUCGUUCCGGAGCGCCGCCUCUUUCUCGAAGUCCCUUCUGGAACCUUCCGGCGAUUUCAACUCCGCCCGGUUUUCCGACAUCGGCAUGCCGGCACCCUACGAAGAAGGAGAAGGAGAAGACGGGGGCAAGUCGAAGCCGCUGGUUCUCAAGAACAAGGCGCCACGCUGGCACGAACAGCUACAUUGUUGGUGCCUUAACUUCCGAGGGAGGGUGACGGUUGCGUCCGUGAAGAAUUUCCAACUAAUUGCCGCCGCCGCCGCCAGUGGGCCACCGGCAGCAGCAACCUCGCAACAGUCGUCGUCAUCGUCGGAUCACGACAAGGUGAUACUGCAAUUCGGGAAGGUGGGGGAAGACAUGUUUACCAUGGAUUACAGGUACCCCUUGUCUGCAUUCCAGGCUUUUGCCAUCUGCUUGAGCAGCUUUGAUGCCAAAUUGGCUUGUGAAUAGAAGAAGAAGAAGAGGAAGAAGAAGAAGAAAGAUUAAUUGUCAAUUUAAUUAAAAUUAGACGACGCUGUAAACAUGUAAUGCAUUGCCUGUGUUUCCCUCUUCUUCUUCACUCACCAUUAUAACCAGAACUGGUUUUGAUAAAUCUAUGAAUCCCACGCUUUAUUUAUUUUCUCUGGGAAAACGUUUCUUGUUUUCUUUCCAUGUGUUUGUUCCAUUUGAUGAACAGUGUGCUCUUCGACUCUGUAUUUA